AUGAUCUCUCUCUCUCUCUCUCUUUCUCUCGACUUAUUUUCCAUUCUUUUUUUAAUUAAAUUCGUUUUUUUCAAUCAUUUCUUCUCUCUCUACCUCUCUCUCUCCCUUUCUCCUUCUCCUUCUCUCCCUCUCCUUCAUUGUCUCUGUCACUCUGUCGCUGUUCUCUCUAAUUCUUCGUUUCUCUUUCGUUCUCUUUCACUAUUUCUUUGUCUCGUAUUCGUUCUCUCUCUUUCUCUCUCGUUCUCUCUCACUCUCGUUCUCUCUCACUCUCGUUCUCUCUCAUUCUCAUUCCUCUCAUUCCUCUCGUUCUCUCUCUCUCUCUCAUUCUCUCUUCUCUCUUCUCUCUUCUCUCUCUCUCAUUCUCUCUCUCUCUCUCUCUCUUCUUCUCUCAUUCUCUCUCCUCUCAUUCUCGCUCAUCUCAUUCUCUCUCGUUCUCCCUCCUCUCAUUCUCUCUCAUUCUCUCACUCUCAUUCUCUCUCAUUCUCCCUUUCCUCUCAUUCUCUCUCUCCUCUCAUUCUCACUCUCUCCUUUCCUCUCAUUCUCUCUCAUUCUCUCUCAUUCUCUCUCAUUCUCUUUCCUCUCUCAUUCUCUCUCAUUCUCUCAUUCUCCUUUCCUCUCAUUCUCUCUCAUUCUCUCUCAUUCUCCCUCUCUCAUUCUCUCUCAUUCUCGCUCACUCUCAUUCUCUCUCAUUCUCACUUUCAUCUCAUUCUCUCUCAUUCUCCUUCUCUCAUUCUCUCUCAUUCUCUCUCUCAUUCUCUCUCAUUCUCUCCUCUCAUUCUCUCUCAUUCUCACUCCUCUCAUUCUCUCUCAUUCUCCUCUCUCAUUCUCUCUCAUUCUCUCCUCUCAUUCUCUCAUUCUCUCUCAUUCUCUUCCUCUCAUUCUCUCUCAUUCUCUCUCUUCUCAUUCCUCUCAUUCUCUCUCAUUCUCUCUCGUUCUCAUUCUCUCAUUCUCUCUCAUUCUCUCUCUUCUCUCUCUCUUCUCUCUCAUUCUCUCUCAUUCUCUCUCUCAUUCUCUCUCAUUCUCUUCUCGCUUCAUUCUCUCAUUCUCUCUCAUUCUCGCUCCUCUCAUUCUCUCUCAUUUCCUCUCAUUCUCUCUCAUUCUCUCUCAUUCUCUCUCUCAUUCUCUCUCUUCUUCUCUCUCACUCUCAUUCUCUCUCAUUCUCUCUCACUCUCAUUCUCAUUCUCUCAUUCUCUCUCAUUCUCGCUCUCAUUCUCUCUCAUUCUCUCUCACUCUCAUUCUCUCUUCUCUCUCACUCUCAUUCUCGCUCUCAUUCUCUCUCUCAUUCUCUCUCGCUCUCAUUCUCUCUCAUUCUCUCUCGCUCUCAUUCUCCUCGCUCUCAUUCUCUCUCUCGCUCUCAUUCUCGCUCUCAUUCUCUCUCGCUCUCAUUCUCGCUCUCAUUCUCUCUCAUUCUCUCUCACUCUCAUUCUCCCUCUCAUUCUCUCUCAUUCUCUCUCCUCUCAUUCUCAUUCUCAUUCUCGCUCUCAUUCUCUCUCCUCUCGUUCUCAUUCUCGCUCUCGUUCUCUCUCACUCUCGUUCUCGCUCUCGUUCUCUCUCGUUCUCUCUCACUCUCGUUCUCGCUCUCGUUCUCGCUCUCGUUCUCGCUCUCGUUCUCUCUCAGAUCGACUCUGA